AUGCACCAGGCCUCCUCGGGCUCCCGGCGGUACAGGAAGACGGUGGCUGGGAGAGGCGCAGAGCAGAGAGCGAUGCAGAUGCCGGAGACGGAGGAUGGGUCUGUCCUGGCAACAGCAGGAGCUGAGAGUCAAGACGCUGCUGCUGGUGGCUGCCAGGUCCUCGGGAGACAGCGGCUCGGGCACCCCAGUGACGCCCAGGCGGUCAGAGCCCACGGGCCAGCUCGGGAGCACCAGGCUCGGGUCGCCUGGGGCCUCAUGGAACCCGGGCAGUUUCCCCCUCCGGAGAGGACAGUACCAGCCUCCCAACUGUGGUCGCUGGACAAUCACUACGCAGCUUGGAUGGAGCAGACAGAUGAGCUGUUUGCUCAGCCCUCCGCCGUGCUCCUCUGUGCCCCUCGGGUGGCGCUGGCACAGGCAGUGACAGGAUGGUGCCGUGGGGCUCCCAGGGACUCGAGCUGCGGUCCUGCUCCUUGGCAGCAGCCUGCCUUCCUGCCCUGA